AUGAAAAGGUGACACGUCUGUUCAAAACACAAGUCUUUGAUCUUGCCUCGAAUCUUUCUAUCUUGGUCGCACGCGGAUAUACGAGGAGCGACGAAUCCAUGGUUCACUCAUAAGCUAUCCUAUUCCCUGCUGUUGUCAACCAUCAGGACAUCAUGGCGCCAGCUGUUCGAGCAGAAGUCGUCCUCGUAUCUUUGAAGAACUGCCUAAUCAACUUGCCGCCAGGUCUAAUUGCUUUGAUCAGCAAUACGAAUACUCCGGCACAAAAUGUGGUGGUCGAACUACAAUAUCGGUCGCAGACUCUGUCCACAGGGGCGAUAUCUAGCAACAACAGUACAGGCUUCCAGCGAUCUGCCUAUGUUGGGUGGACAGGAAUGCCUAGUCGAACACGACCAGCCUCAGUCAUCAACACUGAUCGAGCACGUCCUGGCCGAGAACAAGAAACCCAAACAGUCGAAAUAGAUGCUACCUUUGCUAAAGUCUUGGGACUUUCUGAGGCACAGAAAAUUGGGAUACUGAUUCAUCUAGACCCUCCGAUUGCUCACAGUGUCAAUAUUGAACCUGUUACGCCUGCUGAUUGGGAGGUCAUCGAGUUACAUGCCACUUUCUUGGAAUUGAAUCUGCUAUCUCAGAUUCGAGCGUUGCCCAACCCCUCCUUCAGUAUCAAAGGCGCUGUGCAAGGCGAACACACCCAUCCACUAACUUUACACUUGUCGCCAACAUCGACUGCAAACAUCAUUGUCACAUCACUGUCGCCGCCAAUUCCCAGUACCUCGCCAUUUGCAAAGAUCGCGCCCGACGCCGAAGUCAUUGUUGCACCAAAGGUUCGAGCUAAAUCCAGUCGAAACACAAGAGGCGAUUCAAGAAGCGUUGCGAGCAGAAGAAGUGGCAGGAGUGGUGUCAGCACUGCUCGCACCACGGGUUCUAAGAGGACGCUUGCCAAGCCUACACUAUUCUUGCGUGCAAUCGAUCGAGGUUGUGCGGACAUUUAUUUUGACGACGUUGCAAACAAAAUUCCCAACGACAAGCUUUGUGUCUGGAUCAGUCAGAAUGUACUCAAUUCAGGGGCUCUCAAGGCGGCGACCUGGGCGAACGUUACAAUCGUUAAACCUGCCGGCUUACGUGCACAGCUAGACUCGACACAGGUCAAUAAAUUAAAGGAGGAAGAAAGCAGCGAAGUCGGACGACCAGCGGCUAAAAUCGUGGCCCAGGUUCUGCCGUGGACGACUCCUGUCGACGAUCAACAUGUGAUAUUGUCCGGACCACUCUGCAAAAUGCUCGGCGCAGAUGGUCUAGUCGGUGUAAUAGUCCGUAUCGAAGCUGCUGGACUACCCCUUCCUCGCUAUUCCAUCUCAAAAUUUCAAUUUUACCCCUUUACAACGUCAGCUUCCAAGAAGAAAGACGGGCUCAAAUUCGGUGGGGAUACUCGAACGGCAAAGCAAGCUGUGGCGGAGAAGCUUCGAUUGACAUUCAGUGGUGGCGACGGUCUGCUGACUGGUCCUAUCACAGACGGCAUGCUCCUUCCGACUGCUGGGGAUCCGUCAUCCGCCCUUCAUUUCGAUGGUGGCAUCCUGAGGUUUCGUGUACCGUCAAAUCUUGCAGAGGAUCACGGCCCAGACUGCUUAUGGGUGCUUGGUCAAGAACAGGACUUGGAGUUUGAUGUCAAGGAUGAAAUUCCGCGGCCAAUGGAGCUGACCACCAUGUUUCCAAGUUUCGCGCACGGGAUUCCGGCUGAAAUACCGAAUCUGGUUGGUGCCGACGACAUCAUAAAACAGUGUAUGUCCAACCUGACGCUGUGCUCAUCGGUACUUUUGACGGGUGGAGUCGGCUCUGGCAAGACCUCUCUCGCUCAGUAUAUCGGCCAGAGACUGCGUGAAGAUUAUGUUUUCAACGUGACAUACUUUGCUUGCCAAAAACUUGUCACGGACGAAACCAGGGUGUCCACCAUCAAGGAGACCUUGACUAGGCUGUUCAUGUCUGCUUCAUGGUGCGCCCGACUGGGCGGGCAGUCUGUGGUCAUUCUCGACGACUUGGAUAAGAUCUGCCCGGUUGAGACAGAGCUGCAGGUUGGCAACGACAACGGUCGAAGUCGUCAAAUUACAGAGAUUCUUUGCGCCGUCGUUCGUCAGUACUGCAGCAUCCAUUCUGGUGUCACUUUGCUCACGACCGCUCAAUCCAAGGAGGCGCUCCACAACAUUAUCAUCAGCGGCCAUAUCGUAGGUGAUAUCAUCUCCAUCAAAGCUCCCACGAAGGAGAUUCGCCGCGAUAUUCUACACUCUCUGAUCGGGGAUGCACAACCCCCAAAGACUGGUCAUGGCCGAAAUCAGAGCGACACCAGCAUGUCCGAAAGCUCAUGGAUGGACCCAUCAGUGCCUUCAUCUCGACCCGGCUCAUCUUCGUCAUCAUCCCGACCCGAUGGAUUCCAUGUCUCGCCCAGCCUCGAUCUCCUGGAUAUUGCUGGCAAGACUGACGGCUACAUGCCCGCGGAUCUGGACCUCCUAGUAGCCCGAGCACGCAACGAAACGCUUACACGCAUUAUAACGCAGAAUGACAACUCUGACGGCCCGCCAAUAUUGACGAAAGAAGACUUCGACGCCGCCUUGCGAAACUUUACUCCAUCAUCCCUGCGAAACGUCACCCUCACGCACUCAAGUACGACCUUCUCCUCAAUCGGCGGUCUGCACGCAACCCGCAGCACCCUCCUCGAGACACUUCUCUACCCGACGAAAUACGCUCCUAUAUUCGCCAACUCGCCCCUUCGUCUGCGAUCCGGCCUGCUUCUCUACGGCUACCCGGGUUGCGGCAAGACGCUCCUCGCUUCCGCAGUGGCCGGGGAAUGCAAUCUAAAUUUUAUAUCCGUCAAGGGUCCCGAGAUCCUGAACAAGUACAUCGGCGCCUCUGAAAAGUCCGUCCGCGACUUGUUCGAGCGCGCCCAAGCCGCCAAACCAUGCGUUCUCUUCUUCGACGAGUUCGACAGUAUCGCUCCCAAGCGAGGCCACGACAGCACCGGCGUGACGGACCGUGUCGUGAAUCAGAUGCUGACCCAGAUGGACGGUGCCGAGGGCCUUGACGGCGUCUACGUCCUCGCCGCCACGUCCCGACCGGAUCUGAUCGAUCCCGCGCUCCUGCGUCCAGGUCGUCUGGACAAGUCUCUUCUGUGCGACAUGCCCGACAUGAACGACCGUCUCGACAUCCUCAAGGCCGUGAGCACCAAGCUGAACCUCACGCCGGAGGUGGAGAACCGGCUGCUCGGGGUCGCACAGCGGACCGAAGGGUUCAGCGGCGCCGACCUGCAGGCGCUCAUGUACAAUGCCCACCUGGAGGCCAUCCACGACUUGCUGGGCGACACGAAGAACGCCGCCGACAAGGACAAGGACAACAAGGGCAAAGGUUUGGCCAACGGCGUCAACAACAAGGAAGGCAGCGGACGCCGCCGCGGCAGACGCCAAGGCGCCGACAAGCACGACUUCAUCCAGUUCCUGUUCGACCCCGAGGAGGACGCGCGUGCGAAAAAGGCCCUCACGUCUUCGGCCAUGGACUCCAAGGCGACCAUCACCGCGAAACUGGACGAGCUCAAGCUGGCGAGGAGGCGAGAAAAGGCCGCUUUGAGGAACAGCUACGCGAGAAGCGCGUCGGGGUCCGCGCACCACCACGACAACAACGCAGCAGACAACGGUGCAGGUGAGGGCAAGGACGAGGAAAACGGCAAGGAAGAAGUCGUGAUCGAGUGGAAGCACAUGGAAAGGUCGCUGAGUACGACGCGAAGCUCCAUCUCACCCGACGAACAAAGGCGGCUGGCUGCGAUUUAUCGCGAAUUCGUCGUGGGUAGGAAUGGGGAGAUGCCGAAUGGCCAGGGUGGAAACGAGAUUGGUGGACGGACAAGUUUGAUGUAGUGUUGUACAUCGCCUG